AUGCCAUUCAAACGACGACCCCAGCCUCAACGCAGCCGAACGGACAUCGAUGGGCGACCUGAAGCAAUUAAAGAAUUUCAGCUAAGGACUGCUCUGGAGAACGAAACUUGUCAAUUGGACGCACUAAAUUAUUCUUCUUCCUUUGGUGGCGGACGACGAGAUUACGGUAUACAAACACAAUGGCGAGAGUCAGAGGCACAGACAGAUCCCUAUUCACCUGAUUACGUCAUGCCCAUUGGUCAAAACCCAAAAGUUUUGCUUUUGUCGCAUCUGACUUUUGGCAACGGCCUACCAGUUGGUCAAAAUGAAGUGGAACUAAUUGGGCGAGCUGAGGAGAGAAGACUUGUGGAAGCUCAGAUGGAAAGCCUUCUAUCAGCUUAUCGAACUCGACUAAGGAACAAAAUGGAGCUGGAUGAAUGGCGCCAUAGGGCUCGGGAAAUUGAGGCAUUGCAGGAGAUUCGUCUGCAAGUGAUAGCUCAGUUGCUCCGUAUUCGGGAGGAGAAUCGUCAAGAAAUUAAUGAGAAACGGCUUGACCGACGUUGGAACCGUCGACAGAAAGAGAAGUCGGAGAUCGUUAAGAAAAUUCGCUCUGAAUAUGCAUCUGCCAUUCGAAAGAUGUUGUGCGCCAUGGAGCGGAGACAAAGAUCCCUGAAACCCGACAAAAUUGAGCAAUAUGCGAAACCUGGAUCUCAGGCUUUUGCGCCUCUCACGCGACUCGGCGUUUUUCCUGAUCGUGGGGCUGAACGCUUUAAGACGCACAGCAAGUUUCUCAACACCUAUUCAGGUCUUCUUGAACUGGAAAAAUUCAUUCCAGAAAGUGAGGUAGAUGCCAAGAUUACGGUGAAAAAGCUUUCUCGUUGCACUAAAGACGGUUACCUUAAACAGCAAUUCCGAUGGCAGACACAACUUGAGUUUCUGCACAAGCACAUGGUUUCUCUGGGCAUGAAAACCAUCAAUCCUCCAAAGCCUUUGCAUUUCCUACUCAAAAUUGAAAAACCUGCUCCGCGCCCCUCAACUCCAUCGGUGCCCGAAGUUGAUGUAGGUGUCAUAACAAGGGUACGAGAUGCAGGAGAAGUUGCUGUGAUGCAUUUACAAAGACUGAUUCGAGGUCGUGCGCUCCAAACGAUGAUGUAUGAGUCGAGAAAGAAGCGCCAGUUACUCAUCAACGAAUUGCGCUCCACCCACGCACUGACGAAGGAGGAGCGCGCUGAAAAGCGCCGCCAAAUGCUGACCAUCCGAACCAAUCAAACGCGCUAUGCGUACUUACAGCAUGAAAAUAGUAUAGUACAUGAGAUUUUGGAACGGUUGGAUUCCACGGUGCUGGGAGCGAUGUUGGAUCUCCUAAGCAAGGAACUGGAUCGUCUCUUAGUGGACCAACGCCUUCACGAAUACGCUCAACGUGCACGCGAAGAGCGUCGAAUGCGUGAGGUCGAAGAAUUCGGUAGACGACAGUGGGAAGUGCGUCGCAGACGAGAACGGGAUGAAUUCUUCCGGCAGGUACGUAUGGUUCAUCAAGAUACAGUAGACGGUUACUUCUCAGCUCUCAUUACCAGCGCCAUGGAGACUUGUGCAGAAUUGAAGGCCUCCGAGGAAUUCGAGAAAAUAGCUGAGCAGUGGCCUAAUGAAAUAUGGUGUGCUGAACAACGACUGACGCAUGAAGAAGAGGCCGCUGAACUUGUCUACAAUUUUCUCAUUCCUGAGGUGAAUCGACGCUGCUACCGAGAGAUGUUACAACGUCGUCAACGCAAGUAUUUAAGUGCUGCUCAUCACGAACUUUUUGAUGAGGUUGAAUCCUCAUCGUUGGGUGCUAGCAUACGACACUACCAAGGCCUUCUUCAAGAUACCUCAACUUCAGUGCCCAAUACAAAGGCGGAGGAGGCAGAGGCGGAGGGUGGAGGGGAAAAAUCACCCAAUCUUCAGGACAUUGUGGUAUUGAAACGCCUGAAAGGUCAUGAGUACGACUGCGAGGACUAA